CACAUGCGUUAAACCAGCCAAGAGUGAAGGCGAACGCGGGCAGCCAGCCAAUGGGGCUGAGCGAAGAGGGAGGAGCGUGCGCCCUGAUUGGCGGCGCCGCGUAAGUGGGCGGUGGUCGCUGGGGCUGUUGCUAGGUAGAGUAAAAUGGCGGCUUUGGAGAGGGUCAAGGUGCUGGUGUUGGGCGACUCCGGUGUCGGGAAAUCUUCGCUUGUUCACCUCUUAUGCCAAAACCAGGUGUUGGGAAACCCGUCCUGGACAGUGGGCUGCUCGGUGGACGUUCGAAUCCAUGACUACAAAGAAGGGACUCCAGAAGAGAAGACCUACUACAUUGAGCUGUGGGAUGUUGGAGGUUCAGUGGGUAGUGCCACUAGUGUGAAAAGCACACGAGCAGUAUUUUAUAACUUGCUGAACGGGAUAAUUUUAGUGCAUGACUUAACCAACAAGAAAUCAUCCCAGAAUUUGUAUCGCUGGUCUUUGGAAGCACUCAACAGAGAUGUGGCUCCAACAGGAGUUCUCGUGACAAAUGGUGACUAUGACCGUGAACAGUUUGCUGAUAACCAGAUUCCACUGCUGGUAAUAGGAACUAAGCUGGAUCAGAUCCCAGAAACUAAGCGGAAUGAAGUUUUAACCAGAACAGCUUUCUUGGCUGAGGAUUUCAAUGCUGAAGAGAUAAAUUUGGAUUGCACCAAUCCUCGCUACCUGGCUGCAGGUUCAUCCAAUGCUGUCAAACUAAGCAGGUUUUUUGAUAAGGUCAUAGAGAAGAGAUACUUCGUAAGAGAUGGCAAUCAGAUUCCUGGCUUCUCUGAAAGGAAGAGGUUUGGAGGAGGAACACUGAAGAACCUUCAUUAUGAUUGAACAUGAGGAAGUGGAAGUUGACUUCUCAGAGUUCCUAAUGACAUUCCCAUUCCAACUGGAUGCUUAAAAGACAAUAAUGUAUAUGUGAAGCAGAGUAAAAUGAUACGAUGGCCGGGUAGACUGCUGAAGCUGGUUUCGCUGGAAAAAACUUGGGGAAGAAUUUCAAAAAAAUCUAAUCUGAGGCGUCGAGUGUUUUUUAGGAUUGCAGGCCAUCUGGAUGUAUGGGAACAUUUGGGGAAAGUGUGCAAUAAAUUGAAUGCCUCUCACACAGCUGUGGGAAACUUUAUCAUACACAGAAUGUAUACAUGACAUCUUUGUCUCCAUUUUGGAAAACUUAUGGACAGUCUUUCCAAUGAAUUACAUUAAUUUUACCUCUAAAGAAGAGAUGACAAUGAGUGUGCUUCUCAUUUACAGUAAAGUGAGCAAAACAAGUGAGCAAAAUGUAAGGAUGAGUAAGGAAUGGUCUGGAAAAUAAUAGAAUGCCUUUAUUAAAUGAAUGAUGGUGUCUCACCUGAAACAGUCUUCAGCCUUAUUCAAAAGGGAUAAAAGAAAUAGGCAAGAGAUGAGAAAAAUAUUUGAAGCCUUAAAAAGAAAAUCAUAAGGAGAAAACAAGUGGUGUUAAUUCCACUGCUUAAAUUAAAAUUGUUUACUUUGUACUCUCUGAAGUAAAGCAGGUACUCCUGUUUAUCUUUUCAUAAUUGAGUGUGGUCUUGUUCUUAAUAUUAAAUUAAAAGGCAGUGCCUGGAAAGCUGA